CCAGGCUGUCAGUUAAUUACCCCUGCUGGCCCACUCGGCGACACAAAAAAGCAGGUGACGGUCACUUUGCGCGCGCUGUCCACCUGAUUCCGUCCAGGGCGCACACCCACCACCCAUCGACCACCACCGCCCAAAUACAACCCGACGAGACAGGACACGAACGAACUUACGAUCAUGCUCAAACGACUCGCACUGGCCCUGAUGGGCCUUCAGUGCGCGGCAGCCUUGCGGAUGGCAAUGUAUAUCGACCAAUACCAUACGGCCAACCUGCCAGGCAAGGACAAGACCCAGGGUAUCACACACGCGAUCAUGGCGUUCGCACCCUCGACCCUGUUCAACUCCGAUUCGCCCCCACAGUUCACCCCCUUUGAGUCCGUGUCGACGAUGCGCAACCGCUUCGGCCCCGACACCAAGGUCAUGAUUGCCAUCGGCGGAUGGGGUGAUACGUCUGGAUUCUCGCAGGGAUCCAAGGACGAGGCUUCUCGCACCCGCUAUGCGAAGAACGUUGCAACCAUGAUCAACAACUUGGGCCUGGACGGCGUUGAUAUCGACUGGGAAUACCCCGGCGGCAACGGCCAGGACUACCGCCAAACGCCCAACUCCGCAAAAGUGCCGGAGAUCGACAACUACCCGCUCUUCCUGAAGGCGAUCCGCGACGCGAUCGGGCCCAACAAGCUGCUGUCGAUCGCCGUGCCGGGCAAGCUGGAGGACUUCAUCGCGUUCACGCCGACCAACGGGCCCAAGAUCUGGCCGUCGGUCGACAUGGUCAACAUCAUGAGCUACGACCUGAUGAACCGCCGCAACAACGUGACCAUGCACCACACCUCGGUGGUGGACUCGCACACCACGCUGAAGGCGUACGCGGCCAUCGGCCUCGAAAGCAGCAAGAUGAACCUGGGGUUCGCCUUCUACGCCAAGUGGUUCACCACGGACCCCAACGCGGACUGCAAGACCAACCCCAUCGGCUGCAAGGCGGCCGUCAUGGAGAACGCCGACGGCUCGGACAACGGCAAGUCCGGCGCCUUGACCUUCGAGAAGAGCACCAUGAGCGCCGCCCCGGGUAAUCUGAAGACGUCCACCGAUGGCACGUGUGGGUUCGACAAGGGGACCAAGUGUCCUUCUGGCCAGUGCUGCAGUCAGUACGGGAACUGCGGUACAACCGACGACUUCUGCCAGGCGGGCUGCCUCUCCGACUACGGCACCUGCAAGGGCAUCUCGAUCACGGACUCGUGGCGCCGCGCCCUGAGCGAGGGCACCACCGACGCCACCAUGGGCGGCCAGUACUACUUCGACGACAGCAUCAACAUCUUCUGGAGCUGGGACACGGGCGACCUGAUCGGCCGCAAAUUCACGGAUAUCGUCGACGCCGAGCAGGUCGGCGGCAUCAUGGCCUGGAGUCUGGGCGAGGAUACCCUGGCGUGGGAGCAUCUGUCUGCCAUGCAGAAGGGGGCGAGCACGCGGUAACCUGCCACCAUUCUUGACCCCAAUUGUUUGUCUAGAUGUAUGUCUAUGUGUAAUGUAGUAUAAGAAGUACCCAUUUGCACGACGCAGAAUUUAUUUGGUUUAUGUGCAGAGCGGACACGCAAUGAUAAAGAAUGAGAGAGAUCAUUUACAGUGCAC